AUGAUACUAAAAGCUUUAAACCUUCUUGGUUUCAGGUUACCGAUGGCGCGUCUAGUCAGCAUGAUACUCAUCCAUAUUGCAGCCAAUGUAUGUGCUCAGGAUAGAGACAGAGAUCAUCAUCGAUUACAGUCCUGUGGGGGCCACCUAAAGGGUCCUGUGGGAAUAAUUCAGACUCCAAACUUUCCCAACCCGUUCCCUGUCCCCAUCAAGUGUAAGUGGAUAAUAGAACAUGAUAUAGUGAAUGGGACUAUAUCGAUAUACUUUACACAGCAAUAUACUACCAGUGGAUUGACGUUUACCGAGUACUCGUACUAUGAUGAAACUUAUAAGUUGGAGGAGAAAAGGGUGCUCACUGUCACUGAGGAGAAUAUCACCAAAGUUAAACGACUACAGGUACAGAGUCCAGUACUUGUGGUGGAGUUGAAUCUCAACAGAUUAGAAGGCACCCAACUCAGGGCUUUAGGGCUUUUGUCAGUGUUUGGAUUCAAUAUAACUUAUGCGGUGAGGAGUCCAGUUGAAGUGUCAACACCAACUCCGUGUAGCGCUAUCCAGUGCAGACUGCUUGGACACUGUUACGCCAGACACGAUUUCCAGGAAUUUUUCUGUUCGUGUUUCGAGAGUUACUCUGGAGAAGACUGUGGAAUAGGACCGCUCUGUACGAGGACGCCUAAAAUGUGUAGAAACGGCGGCACCUGCAGACAAAUGGGUCCCGCUACUAUUAGUUGUAUUUGCGCGCCUGGUUACACCGGCAAUCUCUGCGAAUCACAAAUAGCACAACAUGAGUGCGGCGCUGAAGAAUGUUCAGAAGGAUGUGCUAAAGAAUACGGUUGUGAUUGUAGUCCAAAAGAUAAAGAUUUUACUUUAGCAAGAUUUGACACAAGACUGCAAGUAGUGGAUCAACCUAAUAUCAACAUAUCACAAGAAAUUAUUAAACAACUGACAAGCUAUCUUAGAACUUCAAAUAUCACUUUAGACGAUGAAAUAGAAAUUUUGAAUAUGAGUUCAGUAGGUGCCACCGGUGCUCGCAUGGUUUAUAUUCGUGCGUGGAGUGCCAGGAACGCGGCAGAUGCUUUGCGCGCUGCUCUGGCGAAGCUUGCAGCGUCCCGUAGCCGGCCUCACACGCUUCGUCUACUCCCAGACACACUGUAUUUUGAUAUACAGCCCGCUCUUAGUUUACAAGCAUUGGCACUAAACCAACGUCCAGAAAUAUGGGAAGGAUCAGAGUUCAUACUGACCUGCAUGGCGCACGGGUCUCCUGACAUAGUUUUCACUUGGUACAAGGAUGGUGUCAAAAUUAAUUUCAAUGCCACCACAAGAGAAAUUUGGACACGCAUAGUGGCUGAAGACAAACUAGGUCGCCGUAUGUCAGUGUUGGCAGUGUCAGGGGCUCAGCAAAUAGACGGUGGGACGUGGUCAUGUGCUGCUGAUGAUUCUGGCAGAAGAAGAUGUCGAGCGCUUACUCUGACAGUGCUUACACCGCCUUCUAUACGACUUAUACCAUCAACACUUACUGUCUACAAGGGAGACAAUGUCACUAUUACAUGCCUAACCGGUGCGGGACGCGCUCACGGUGUAUUGGGUUUUAGUUGGGCGCGAGAAAGGAGCUUGCUACGGAUGCAACCAGACAGACAUGUUUGGGAGGAUCUAUAUCCAUCGGGUAGUGUGCUUAAACUUUAUAAUGUACAAAAAUCGAGUGAAUAUCGAUGUCAAGUUUCGUCUUCGGCGGGCACUAACUCCGUGAGUGUUUGGGUAUGGGCACUUGACGAUAACGAUGACGCAUGCGAGAGCGAGUCGAUGGUUGGUACCUUAUGGGCCAGGACAGCUCCCGGUGCCUAUGCGUCGAUUACUUGUCCUCCUGGAUACAGUGGUGAAAUUACAAGGUUUUGCGAGCCGAAAACAGGUCAACAUGGUGUCAAGUGGAUGCCAUUGGAUUAUUCCGGUUGUAUUGCUGAUCCACUUAAAGAUAUCUAUGAAAAGUUCACACUGAUCUCUUAUGGAUUCUCGUGGGAUAAUGUAUCGGAAGUCACUCGGCAAUAUUCAUCAGUGUUACGCUCUUUGUUUAUACCUGAAGGAGCAGGAGUUACUCCACUGCGUCACGCAGCACAUAUGUUACAGUACUUAUUGUCAGCCGCAGUACAACAUGACGAUAAAGCGCACAGCGUCACACAUUUGCUUAACAUAUAUGAUUACUUACUAACUCAACCUGAUGCAUUCGUGGAUGAGCAAAAAAUUUAUGAACUUCAAAAUGCAAUACCAAAGGUAGCAAGUAUAACAAGGAAAUUAGAACUGCAUCUGCAUUCAUUCAGUGUAAGAAGUGAGUCAAGUAUGCAUAUGGAGCUAGACCACAGUCUAAAGCAACACAGCUCAGCCGAGUGGCGUCUAGAGUCAACGCGUGUGGACUUGGCAUUUAUUGCCAAGAACCUUACUAUAGUCACUGUCUUUUAUCAAGAUCUGGGAUCCAGACUACCAUCUUUGAGAACAUUAACUAAGCAUAGCGGUGUUAGCGAGGUGCAGUAUGCGUUAUGUUCGCAGCAAGUUCAGGUGUACAUUAGUGGUACCUCACUUGACCGUACACUACAACUGAGUGUGACGUUGUUACUAAAGCAUUCUCUAAACUACAGUGCUGAUGCCUCAAAAUUAGCGUGUGGUUUUCGCUCCGCGGCGGUGCCGGGUGUGUGGCGCGUGUCUGGAUGUGAUAUUCGAAUAUCGCAGGGAUUGCAUGCGAUAUGCCACUGUCGCGGCGCGGGUACUUUUGCAUUAUUCACACAAAUCAGCUCUACAAGUACAGAUAGUAAGGAGGAUCUCCACGGCAUACUAGUGAUAUGUCUCAACGUGAGCGGUGCUAUGUGCGUUUGUGUAAGCAUAAUACAAUUACUGAGCAUCAUGCCUGCCACUGCACGGCGUCGAGAUACUAUGUAUGCGAUACUUGCGGCGGGUACUGCCACGGGGAACGCUGCUGCUAUGUUUGCAUUGUCUAAUUGUCAUGACACUGAGGUGUCUCUCUCGCGUUUUUACGUAUGGGUGGUAGCAGUAAGCUGGUGCAUAGCGAGCGCAGCGUUGUGUGCACAGCCACUAUUACUACAUGCAGAGCUUGCAGGGACAGCACAGCGAAGUCACUCUGUGGGACUAUUGGCCGGUGUUUGCGUGUUGUGCUGUUUAUCGGCGCGAAUGUGGGGCGAUGCUCCUCUAAAAGUAGGCUCCGCGGCAAACAGUAUAUUCGCAGCGGGCAUAAUUAUACUCACAGUACUAACUCUAGCACUAGCUUUAUGUGCACGGAGAAUGCUAGAACACGUUACGCGGAAGCUACCAUUGGAUAGAAGGACUUACAUAAGAAACAGAAAUCGAAUAGUGAACAACACGCUGGCGCUACUUCUGACCUCAAUGUCUACAAUUGUGGCAGGAGUUACAUACGUACAGCCUGGAGAUAAGCUAAUCAUGCAUAUUCUCGCGCUCUCGGUUGCAGCCUUUGCUAAUGGUGCUGCAAUGCUCGUAUGUUACGUUAUACGUGACGAGGAAUGUCUGCGAGCGGUACGGAGUAAACUACCGCUCCACGACAGCACAGUCUGGCAAGAUUCACCUGCUGGUGAUACUUCUAUUAGCUUAUACAUAAAGCAAGGAGGAGAAGUUGAGAGUCGCGGAGGUGUAGUUAUGUUAGAGCCAUCACCCGUUUCGUCCACUGCCAGAUAUUGGCACGCCACACCCCUAGAAAGAAGAAGAUCUAAUCCUGACAGUCGAGCUGAUAUUGUAAAAUGUGUAGAGUAUAAGUCAUCCGCAUAUGGUGGGGCUCGAUACGACACACAUCCACGCUCAGUAUGUGACUUGAUACCGACCGGUGUUGUGAGGUCAGACCACGCGGGGGAAGAAUACCUGGCCACAGUAUGCUUAGAAGUAAACCCUUAUCACAAACCUGUUGCAGUAAUGUCUUCCUUGGAGCCAUAUACAGAGAAGCAGUUUGACAUUGCAAAGGAAACAUGUGCAAUCUGUGUACAAUCAAACCCAGAUGUUUCAAAGAUAACUUCAGCGCCCGUAAAAAGUUGUCUCAAGAAAGGCUCGCAGAAGUUUACGUCGAGCACAUCACUGCCGUCCAUCGAGACAAUCAAAGAAGAAUUCGAUAAAACACACAUAGAACAAAUCAACCAAGAAUGGAAUAAGACUUAUGACAAUCCACACACUAGUAAAGUACUAAACAAAAUAUCUACUGACUUGGAUUUUCUUUUAAACAGAACACAACAGACCAACACACCUCAUCAAGAAGAGGAAGCACCAACUUAA